GAGACGUCACACUACAGAGAGUGAGGAGAUGCUGGAGGUCAGGAAGCUGCUGCACAGGAGAAGGGGCCGAUUACACAGUGACUCCACAGAUGACCGAGACCUGUUCAGACAUUCAUCACAACAGCCAACACGCCGCAGGGUCAGCAUCACAUUACUCCCAACUCAGUCUGAGUUGAAGCAUCUAGAAGCUUCGUUUCUGGAGAACUGCAGAACCAGUGCGAACGCAAAGAAAAAGCUUGACUGGAGACAGGAAGUAGCUCCCGCAGAUUCUCCUGCGAACAGUCUAAACCAAGAUGAUGACGGCGAAAGCAGCGUGUUUCAAAGUGCGACGCAAGUCACGCCGAUGUGCCGUCGCCGUCGCUAUUCUUCAAUCAAACCCAAAGAAAGUUCAUUUGAGGGGGAGGAGUCCAACCCUGAGCUGUAUCUCGUGCCACGUCGGCGCCCCCUGUUGUCUUGGAGGACUCCGUGUGGAUGGAUUGUCAGAAUGAUAUCACUCGUGUUUGGUCUGAUGAUGCUGAUGGCGACUCUUUUAUAUGUAGUCAUGAGUGUUUGUAUUAAACACUGAUGGUUUAGUGUUGUUAUUUGAUCUUGGAGGACUAGUGUAGGUAUAAAUAACCACUCUGUCAUAACUGAAUCCUGAAUAAAAGGACGUCAGUGUCACUGAUUGUGGGUUUCCACCAGGUGGCAGGAGUGAGUUACACUCGCUCAUUCACUCAUUACUGAGCACAGCAGAUGAACAUAACUGGAUUAUAGUGUUAAAUUCACUUUAAUCCUUGUGAAUGUGGCUGCACGCCUGUCCUGAACACAAUACAAACAUUAAAUAUUCCUAUUUAAUUCAACUGAAUGUCUUCCUUUCUCCUGAAACAGGUGCAAAUCCAUGGCAGCAGAUUAAUAACACUAAUUAACAGUAUUUAAAUUCAGAGAGACAUUGAGAGGCUUCAGACAGGUGUUGCUCAUUUCACGCUGCUUUUAUUUGGAUUGCUAAUAAUGGUAAUUAAUGCAUAAGAGACGUUAAUAUUCAUUUAUGCAGGUUAAUGCAAUUUAACAGAGGUGUCGAAUGAACCUGAUCUGGAUGAGAUUAAACUUUCUUCUUCAUUCUGCUGAAGUUAUAUAAACACAUACAGACGUUAGCUAAUGUUCCUUCACGGGCUCCUGUUUCCUGUGCUAUGAAUUUUAGGGCAUCUUAAACCCGCACACAUCCUGCUGCGCAGCCAAUCACAUCUCAGAAUGAGAAACAAGAUUAGGAAGUGCUCUUAAUUUUAUGGUCAGGUCAUUUUAACCAGAUUAAAUCAGGUCAUGGGAUCUGAUCUACUGUUGAUGCAGAUCAUCAUCUUUAGGAUAAAAUAUUUAACAACUUAUCAAACCAGAACUUUUUUUGUUGAUUUAAUGGUUUUAUAGAGGAUUAUUAUUUGUAAAAGUGACUUAAUAAUCAGCAUUUUUGACUUUUUUGAAAAACAAUGUGCAUGACAGAAAAUAAUGCAAAUAAACUGACAUUAAAGAAUUUCACUUUUAUCAGUAUAUCACAUUAGGUUGUAUUAAUUGGUAUAAAUAAAAAAAUAUAUUUUAUAUAAUCAUAUGUGUGGUUUGUAUAUUAUUGAAGUGUUUCGAUAAAUAUGUUUUAAUAUGAUGUAGUUAUAAUAAUAUUAUGCAAUGUAAUUGCAGAUGAUUAUGAGCUGUCUGUAAUCAUCGUAACUGUAUUAUGAUGUGAUAAUGUGAACGACAGACGCUGGAGCUCGUGUGAAAUGAUGUAAUGUGACGUAACGCUCCUCACAGACUGAACAUGUGCUGCUGAGACUCGAUCUGAUUAAACACAUGCGACUGAAACUGCAGCUCAUGGAGAUUCAUGUGCGUUCAGCAACAUGCUUCACUUUAGAGCAUAUAUAGCUAAUCAUAUUAUGAACAGAUAUCAUACAUGUGAUUAUACACACACACACACGGCGCUGAUAAACAGAAUGAACUCAAGCAUGAUGCAAAACUAUAUUAGAUUAUAAGACACUCAGUGAAAUGAUUCAGCGCGCACCUGUUCUCCCAGGUGAGUGCGCGCGCGCGCGUCACACGUUGAGCUGCACACAUAGCAAUCACUUGUGUUCUACAAACAUGUAAUGAAAUCCCCGUUUUCAUAUCGUUUUAAUGAAAAUAUAUUCUUUUGUAAAACAUAUUGCUGUAUACAUCAUUUCCCAGUUUUUCCGCCACGUUACACAAAAAAAUGAAUAAAAACAAGUUUGUUUUUCUUCAUCAUUAAUGUGCAAGUUAGCAUAUUUAACUUUAAUAUUUGUAAUGCAGUAUUUGCAGGGGAAGGUUAUUAUGAUCUGGCUCUCAGGUGAUCGCGAAUGACGCCACGCACCUCGGCCCCGCCCACCGCGCGAGCUUCUGAAGCUGCAGCGAGCGCGUGAGAGUUCAGGUAGAUGCUCAACAUCUCCUCAUCAUCAUCAUCAUCACUCCUCCUGUCCGCUCCGGGAGUCAGUUUCUGAAACUUGAGCCGCGAUGGGUCGGAAGGAGAUCAACUGCAGCUGGAAGAAAAUCACCGACAACAUCAAGGAUGUUUUUGACUUCAAGGAAGUUCUGGGAUCGGGCUCAUUUUCUGAGGUCUACCUGGUGAGAGAGAGAAAGACAGGGAAUUUCUACGCCCUGAAAUGUGUGAAGAAAAAACAGCUGCAUCACUCAAACCUUGAGAAUGAGAUCAAGGUGCUGAAGAGGAUAAAGCAUGAUAAUGUGGUUGGAUUGGAAGAUUUCUACGAAACAAGAACACACUAUUACCUGGUCAUGGAGCUGGUGUCGGGCGGAGAGCUGUUUGACCGUAUUCUGGAUCGAGGUGUUUACACAGAAAAAGACGCCAGCCGUGUGAUCAAACAGGUCCUGGAGGCCGUGUCCUACCUGCAUCAGAACAGCAUCGUCCACAGAGACCUGAAGCCUGAGAACCUGCUGUACUACAGUCCAGAAGAGAACGCCAAGAUCAUGAUCAGUGACUUUGGUCUGUCGAAGAUGGCCGAUCACGGCGUGAUGUCCACCGCCUGUGGAACACCAGGAUAUGUUGCUCCGGAGGUUCUGGCUCAGAAACCGUACAGUAAAGCUGUGGACUGCUGGUCUAUCGGCGUCAUAACGUACAUCCUGUUGAGCGGCUACCCGCCAUUUUACGAGGAGAAUGAAACGCGCCUUUUCUCCAAGAUCAUGAAGGCAGAAUAUGCGUUCCACUCGCCGUACUGGGACGACAUCUCUGAGUCAGCGAAGGACUUUAUCAGGCACAUGCUGGAGAAAAACCCUACAAAACGCUACACAACUGAACAAGCGCUCGCUCAUCCAUGGAUAAUUGGAGACACAGCACACAAUGACAAUAUUAUUCAGUCCGUCUGUGAGCAGAUGCAGAAGAACUUUGCCAAAUCCAAGUGGAAGAGAGCCAUCAAUGUGACGGUGGCGGUCAGUCACAUGCGACGGCUGCAGCUCGCCCACGCUGACCCUGCGCCCCCGGCCAAGACCACGAGCCCGACCCCGCUGAUCGAGGUGCUGGACGUCUCGUCUCCCAACCCGGCCCCCGACGAGCUGGACACCAAUGGGAACCCCUCAUGCAGUCACAUGAGCCUGUCUCCUCACGCUGAUGUCAGGGGGCGGGGCCCGCUCAAGGCCUGCAACAGCGAGCCGAUGCACGCGCUGGUCAUCUCUGAGACCGGUCAACAUGCGUAUCACUCAGAGUCUGACCUGUGUGCGCCGGAGUGCGCCACCAACAGAUCAGACAAAAUGAUUCAUGGCACAGAUGGGCGUGGCCAGUCCCUGCAGACCGGGGUUUGCUCAGUGAUGUAAUCGUCUGAAUGACAGCUGUCAGUCAAAUGAAAUCCUGUGUGUUUAUCUGUGCGUCACACGUCGUACCCACAGACCGAGUCACACGAGUGCCAAUCGCACACAUCCGCUUCUCAAACCUUCAUCUCUGACUAGACAACGUGUCAUUUUGAGGAGGCUGGGAACGCCAUUCCUCUCAGGGAUUGAGCCGCGAGACCGUACGGUCUGUUUAUCGUAUUAUUUCACCUACUGUCUGCAUAUUCAUGUACAGUAGUCAUAUUUACACCCGUGGUGAGCUGAUCAGGGUGCAUCAUGGGAAGGACGCAUCACAUGUGCCACUGUUCUACUGUGAACGGCUGCGUGUUUGAGUGAUUUUACUGUCAGAAAUACUAAAGGACUGUGUUUAAAUAUUAUUUUCUUAUUUAAAACUCAUCCUCGCUGUUAUAAUCUCUAUGUUUGUGUUUUAUAUGUGCUUAUAAGAGCAUUUUAUCUGUUAAAAGCUCAGUUUAGGGGCUUAUUAAGUGUGUAUCAUGAUCACAGACCCCUGCUGAAAUCCAUAAAUAUGCUGCUGUAUGUCUGUAUUAAAAAACAUAAAAUAAAACUGUUUA